AUGAACACCGAGGAGCAGUAUUACGCCUCGGCGCAGCUCUACAAGGAGUCGUGUGCUUUUCAGAGAGCUCAGGUGCAGGACUACAACCCCAGCCCCCCUGCCUGCCUGUACAUGGGCAGGCAGCAACAGACUCCUUAUCCUAGCGCCUUAGGGGCUCUCGAGCAAGGCAGCCCGCCAGACAUUUCACCUUACGAGGUGCCUCCCAUCACUGAGGAUGCCGGGGUCUCCCACCUUCAUCACCAUCACCACCACCCUCAUCUUCCUCCUCCCCACCAGGACGCGCUGCCUUUCGCAGACGGGGCCGACACAGGGGCUAUAGAGGAGCCCCGAGUGCAGGUGCCUUUCGCCUGGAUGAAGUCUACCAAAUCUCAUGCCUGGAAAGGACAGUGGACAGGGGGUUCCUAUGUAGUUGAACCGGAGGAGAACAAGCGGACGAGGACGGCGUACACGCGGGCACAGCUGCUGGAGCUGGAGAAGGAAUUUCUCUUCAACAAGUAUAUCUCCAGGCCGCGGCGUGUGGAGCUGGCUGUCAUGUUGAACUUGACCGAAAGGCACAUCAAGAUCUGGUUUCAGAACCGGCGGAUGAAGUGGAAGAAGGAAGAAGACAAAAAGCGAGGGGCGGGCAACAGCAAUGACCCCGAGCAAGACUGCGUGGUGACCUCCGGAGAGCUCCAGACCAAGGAGGAUCUCCAGCCGUGCCCCGCCGGGAACCUGCCCUCAGGGGCCUCCAGGGACCUUCUCGCCCCCUGCCUAGCACCCAGAAGGCAGCAGGACUCUCGGUGAGGCUCAGGGAGCCCCACGCCCCGGGACGAGGAAAAGGAUGGAAUCGGGGAAAGAGCCGAGAGGCUGGCGCAGGCUUCCCGCCGCCCUGCUGUGCCGUGCCGUACCGUACCAUGCCGACCCUCUCCCGCCUUCCCCCGGGGAAACUCGGUGCCUCCACUCCGACACUCGUGUCCUCCGAAAACUAAAUGGAAGAUGUUGAGCUGUAACAAGGAGAGGCUCACUGUGGGCCGCAGGGCCGGAGGAGGCCGCAGGGAGCCGCCGAGAUGGCGGCGAGCUGUACCCCGCUCCGCCGAGCAAUCCGCACCGCAGCGAGCCCUACGGGGCAGCUUCCCCCGGGGAAG